UUGCUAUAGUACUAAUUUAAUAUAUCUACAUUGCUGGACCUGCCUUAGGCAUCUCGUCCACAAAACUGGAAUCACAUUGGUCAAGACACUGGGAUUUGUUUGGCAUGCCUCUAACAAACCCCUCAUGCAAUAUACCACUUCGUUUUCUGUGUCUUUAAAGUGAGAGAAUCUUAAAUUCUAUACAACAGUUCUGUUUUGUUCUGUUCUGUUCUUGUGUUCUAUUUAAUCUCCAACAGUAUAUAAUGGCCAGAGCCUGAUAUGGAGAAUGUCAUAGCAGAGAAAAAGGACUAAGAAGGAGUUUGAUUCUUGCCUUUUUCUUCACAGAUCUUAAUUCUUCUUUUCUUCUGUUGUCUUCUUCUUGUUGACCACAAAAUUGUGAUUUAUAAUUGAAUUCUUGCAGGUGGAGUGAUAUCAUCAAGACACAAGUCUGAACAUAAACUUCAGACAAACAAGAGUUAACAGCUUUUGUAGAAACUGAAUAGAUCACUGAUGGAGAAGGUUGUUAGGUCAUGUGAUAAAGAAUACAUGAGAAUGGCCAUGUUAAAGCAUGAAGAAACUUUCAAAGAACAGGUAUAUGAACUUCAUCGAUUGUAUCGAAUGCAAAAGAUACUAAUGCAAAACAUGGAAGCAAGAAGAGGUGUUGAAGUAAAAGAACAACAAGAAUGGUAUUUGAAAAGUGCAAUUAGUUUAACUCAAAAUGCUAAUCAUAAAACUUUACAAAAAAAGGCUCAAAUCAAAUUUGAUCUUGAAAGGCCAGCAGAGGAGGACAUUGCAGAAUCAGACAAUGAAGGAUUAGAAAACAUUGAUGAGACUGAGAUUGAGUUGACAUUAGGCCCUUCAAGUUACAUCAACCGUAGCAAAAAAGUUGAAACACCUGUAACUUCAUAUUCAGGACAUAGUUUGUCUUCUUCUUCAACAGGAUCAAGUGAUAUAAACAAGACAAGAAGAUCCAGGACACAUCAUCAUCAUCAUCAAAGAGAAGAAUCACAUGGAAUAAUUAGAAAGAGUUUUGAUAUUGAAGAACAGUUAAGACAAGAGAGGUUAAAACAGUCACCUUGGUUUUUUCAAGUGUUGAAUCUGAACAUGACUUAGAAAGAAAGAAAAAAAUGAAAAAUGUAAGGACAAUGUGUGAUAUAUUUUUAAAAUCUGUGUUAUGAGCUAACUUUGUGAAUGAUGUUUGUUUGGAAUGUUGUGUCAAUUUUUAUCAAGUAUGGUGGGGUUUGAUAUGUCACGCAUUAAGACCACUAUUUUUACUUUGUGCA